AACGGUAGAUACAGCCCGACUUCUCUCACGGUGCAAAGUUACACCAGGAACCAGCGGCGAAACGUUGUGUAAUUAUGUGUCCUUUAAAACACUAAAUGGCAUUGUGACCUCCGCCGAUAGAUUCACCACACGAGAGAGGACACCGAUGUUGACAGAGGAGGUGCUGGUUUCAGCUUUUGGGGAUCAAGGUUCAUGUUUUUUUCUGCGGAUUUCGGCGGUUUCACAGACGCUGGUAGGAACGAUGGAUAAGAGACGUGGCCGGCUGUGGAGCGCAGCAGGCCUGGAUCCUGCUGUCCGACACCAGGGCUGAGGAGCUGCAAAGGAGUGAGGAGUCUCUCGAGGAGACUCCAUCGUCCUGGUCUCCACCAGGCCUUCCUCAGCAUCACCUCAGCUGUGUUUGUCACAGUCAUCCUCAUCAUACAGGCUGUCAGUGCGUACCUAAGUAUUAAACUGACCUUUGCCGAAGUUUAACAAGUAGCUACAUUAACAUCUGACUCCAGCCGUCUCCACAGGUGCCCCCGAUUUUUAUUUUAUGUCCUGAAUCUGAACCAUGAGGAACACCAGAUCGAGUCUGCUGCUGGGCUGCGUGCUCCUCUGCUCUGCCUCCCUGCUCUACCUGGGCAUGAGCGGGAUAGAGUGCCCUCCAAAAAGCCAUCGGUACAGGUGGAUGGAGCUCAACCUGGGCUCAGCCAAUCAGAGUUUAUCCCUAACUGAACACUUCCCUGAAGACACACCCCUCAUCUUUAUUGGAGGCUUUCCCAGGAGCGGUACCACGCUGAUGCGCGUCAUGCUUGAUGCCCACAAUGCUGUGCGUUGUGGGGAAGAAACCAGAGUAAUUCCUCGCCUCUUGGCCAUGCGGGCCACCUGGAGCCGCUCGGUAAAGGAGAGGAUACGAUUGGACGAGGCCGGCGUUACUGACCAGGUGUUGGACUCAGCCGUGCGAGCGUUCCUGUUAGAGGUGAUAGUUGGCCACGGAGAGCCUGCACCUCGCCUUUGCAACAAGGAUCCAUUCGCCUUGAAGUCUCUCUCUUAUCUGUCACGCAUCUUCCCUAAAGCCAAAUUUGUGCUCAUGCUACGAGAUGGCCGGGCAACUGUGCACUCCAUGAUAUCACGCAAGGUGACCAUUUCUGGCUUUGACCUGACCAGCUACAGGGACUGUCUGACCAAGUGGAGCAGUGCGGUGGAGACAAUGUUCAGCCAGUGCCAGGCAGCUGGGGAGUCCAGAUGUCUGCCCGUCCGCUACGAGCAGCUCGUCCUCCACGCAGAGGAGGAAAUGAGGAAGUUGCUUCACUUCCUAGAGCUGCAGUGGGACCCGUCAGUGCUGCACCAUGAAGAGCUGAUUGGGAAAGCUGGUGGUGUAUCGCUGUCCAAGGUUGAGCGCUCCACGGACCAGGUGAUGAAGCCGGUGAACACAGAGGCCCUCUCCAAGUGGGUCGGGCACAUUCCCUCUGAUGUGGUAAGCGACAUGGCUGAAAUCGCCCCCAUGCUGGCUCGCCUCGGCUACGACCCCCACGCCAACCCACCCGACUACACGAAACCAGAGCCCAUGGUGUCUCUGUUCAACUACUCACAGUAAGCUACCAUGAAAGGUGCUGACCAACAAAGGGGAGCUCAGUGAUUUGGCUAAGGAAGCUUCGACACGUGGACAGAAAGAACUGCGGAGGAAUCUGCCAUCCCAGCAUUCAGUGAAAAAAACGCUCUACGUCCUAAAUCAAGACCGCCCCCGCACAUCUGUAUUAAGUGUGCACGAGACUGGAGUUUUUAACGAUGUCCGAUAUGCUGAUAUACAGCAACUCGUUUGGCUGAUAAACAAUAUAUUCAUUUAUCAUCCAACCCUAGCAGAUAGCAUAUUUUUUACAGCUGUCAAGAUCAAAGCACCACAGUUAGGUGAUGCAGCUCUGACGUAAUAUUUCCAGUCAUACUUGAAAAUUGUUUUUUCUCUUUAAUCAGAGUUCAAAAGCAACAGAGACUCCACACCCCAGCUAAGUGAAAGAGGAAAAUCCUGUAAAUCAGCUUCGCUGGUCCAAGAAAUGGAUGCACCUUAAACACAGACUUUCAGUUCAGCAGUAAUUAAACCUCACAGGAACAUUUUUAAAGUCUCCCAUGUGUAUUUUUGAAUUGUAAGACUCAUGUGCAGUGUUCAUGUCUGAACAUUGGGUGGAGGUUUUAAAACAUAGACUCCUAAAGCGGUUUGGGUUUUAUAUAUCAUGUUGACCCAACAUUUCCUCCAUGGUGACAGUAUUACAUUGCAUUUUGACGCAUCCUCUCAUCUCAUACCUGGAAGUAUUUCAUCAUGUUUGUAAAGUUGUUAUGAUUCACCACAAAUGUGAAUGUGUCUUUCGACAAAUAUUUCACUUACUGAGAGUUCAGUCAGUGUUCAUGAAGCAUAAUGACUGUAUAUUUUUGAAGACGUAUGUUUAUUUUCUUAAUAAAUUAUUUUGGUGUUGACCAUUCA